GUUGUACUUCCUGCGUUCAUUGACUUCAAGGAAUCCCGCCGUAGGAUUACUCUGUCGUUGUUGUUGAGUUGCUUCAAACAGUGCAUAUUCCCGUUGAAAGAGAAUGUUUUUCUCGAGAUCUCGAAUUGGGAUUUAGAAAAUAAUAGCUACAGCUCUCUAUAUUUUGUUAUGAAAGUAGUGAUCACUGCUGGGAAGGCAGACGCCACAUCCACGGUAAUGGAGCACGACGCAGUUGAUAGCGAGAAAAGCUCGGCAGAAGAAGAGUCGCAUACAUGUUCAACCGAAGAAGCAGAAGAAGACCAGGAAGACGAAUCUCAGUCUGAUAUCGAUGAAGCAGAAUGUGAAAGAAGACGCCAUGAGUAUUUGGCAGAUAUGUCUGAGUUGGAAAAACAAUUUUGUGAACUCAAAGAACAGCUUUACACAGAAAGACUACAGCAGAUUGAUGCAAAAAUUGAAGAAAUACAGAACAACAAAGCUACAGAAUAUUUGCAACCUCUAGCUCAGCUGGAAGAGCAGAUGGAAAUGAAAAAACGAGUUGCAUAUAUCAGAAGAGAAAUGGCUCUAGCCAGCAUCAAGCAAAAGUUUGAGAGUGAAGAACUUGCUGCUUUUCAGCACAUGGAGAGUGAAAAAGUCCUGUUGUAUGACACCAUUAAACAAGAGCUUGAGGAGAAAAUCAGGCGUCUUGAAGAAGAUCGACACAAUAUUGAUAUUACUUGUGAUCUGUGGCAAGAAUCUCAGACUUUGAAAAAAAAGAAAAAGACUGACCCCCUUCAUCCAGAAAGGAGAAAAAAGCCGCAAAACGUUUCUGGCCCAUACAUUGUAUACAUGGUGCGUGACACUGAUGUCAUGGAGGAUUGGAUGGCGAUCAAAAAAGCUCUGAAACAACAAUCACAGAAGAGGAAAGCUGAAUUGUGACAGUCAAAUGGACCAGCGUAAGGCCAGUACAAGUUGCAAAGACUGUCAGAUUGAUGACUGGACUUUUGCCGGCUUCUGACGACAGAAACAGCUGACUAGGUGAUGCAGCCAGACCAUUGUUACUGUUAUAAGAUUUAGCAAGAAUCAGCGCCCCAGUGA